AUGGGCGGGUAUGGGGAAGCAGAGGCGGAGGAUCUGUCGGCUUCGUCUACCUUGGUCCACUUCGACCGUCCGUUGCCUCUCCUGAGGGUGCCUCUGCUCGCCGGCGCCUCCGAUGAUCCCUCUGCUGGCCCCUUCGUGCUUGCUUUCCGGGACGCCGACUCGUGGAGAGCCGCAUUUCGGAGCACUGAGGCCAGGGUGGUCGAACAAUGCGAGGUCUCCAUCUCUCCCCUGUUCCGUGUUUCAAUCUGUUUUUGGUUCUGGAGGACGGAGGGUAGGGUUUAUCACUUCUGUGAAAUUCUGGGAAAGGGUGAUCAGAGUUAGUAUGAUUUCAGUUUUGGGGAAGAACAAGGCUGGAUGGGUUAUAUAGAGCACGAAGUCCACCUGGUCUUCAGCGUUCGGUACUCCCAUGGUUUUUGAGUGAAGAGCUUGUGAUCCGUGGUCUUUACCCGCAGCUGGCCGAGCUGGCUGGCUGGAGCUUUCGCCAGGCAGUAAGUUAAUCAGCGGCGCAAAUCAAGUUGAGCUAAAAACCAGCUUCCGGCUGCUUAGUCUGAGCCACUGGAAUUGAUGGUGCUCCACAUAUCCCAUUAUAUCAGCCCUUUGCCUGGAGAAGCUGCGUUAAUUCAUGACAUGAUCUUUCAUAGGCCGCUGACCCACUGUUCAUAUGCUCGAUGAUCCAUAUUUACCCCAUCGAUGGGUUCCUCUCUCUAGAAUUUUUUUUUUUCUAUCUUUUCUAGUUUUCUCUACCAAGAACAGCUUUUUGCAGAAGUAUCCGUUGACUCAUUCGUCCUAAUCCACCCACCCAAAGCUAAGAUAAUGCCAGCCGAUGAUAACACCGCUUGAGCAGAUCUUUGAUGUUCUUUUUUUUUGGUUUGAGCUGCUAAUAUUUUUUUCUUGCACAAUCAGACUGCAAAUGGUAUGUGACCUCUGUUUGCUAAAGCCAGGCUGGGGCGCGGGUUGGGUGCUCCCUCAGUGCAUCAAAGAAGUGCAGUCCUCCCUGGUGGAAGACCCUGCUGGGCCUCAGCAGCGUUGACUUUGCUGAGAGGGAGAAGUGCGAAGAGCGUGAGAUGGCGGCCUGCCUUGAGGCUUCCAGGGGGCCCUGCUCUCGCUUUGCCAGGGAGAAGUGCUUGCCUGCCUUCAGAGAUGCGAGGAUCUCUUCUGUAGGUCCCACCGGGUUUCCACAAUUGGGAUCUGAGAACCCGAAGCUGGAACCCAUUGACCAGACCAACUACAGGGGAAGUGCCCUUUUGGAGGAGAUAUUCACAGAGAUCGUCUCGAGCAGGAGCUAG